AUGCAGAUUUCGGGAAAUGAGAUGAGAGGAGUUGUGGCGUGCAAUGUAGACGCCCAAAGCUUGGAUGAUCGGUCGAAGGAGCUGGGUGUACGGGAUCUACAUGUCCAUUACCCCGCCUACACGCCGGUGGCAACGGUGGUCAGAUCCGAAAGUAUAUUAAAAAAGCCCCGGGUCGGUUCAGUCUUCUUCAACAACACUGUCGCCAAUGGAAAGCUGAAAAGUUCUAAGGUGCUCAAGCAUCUUCAAGAUCAAUUUGAGAAAUCUGCUGAUCAUCUCAAAACCUUGGGAGGGAAGGAAAAGACCCAGAUACUAAUGCAGAUGCGGUGUGAGUUUGCUAGGGAAGCUGAAGCAUCACAGGCCAUCGAACACAAGCUUAUCAUGCCAGUGCCGGGCAGCAGCGAGAUAUCUUCGUGCGGGAUUCAAUCAGUCCGCAAGUCGAUUCUAGAGAGGAGGGGAUACAAGUUUGCUACGAGCAAUAUUUCCAAGGCCAGAAGCUCUGUACUUGCUGUGUUUGGGCGGAUGCAUUUGGAAACAGUGCUUGAGCAGGUCAUUGAGCAGACUAAAGGAGCUCUGAAAACCUAUAUGACAGCAAUAGAUGAUGUGUUGAUCUACGAGACUAUGGCGAUUGAGUCAAUCAAGGGUCAGCAAAAAGUCAUCUCGCGUCUCACACAGAAGAGGUCCUUGAUUGGAUGUUACCCUGUUCAUCUGCCUGACGAUGGUGAUGAAGAUGAUGAGGAGGAGGAUGAGUAUAUCAUCGACUAUGAUGAGGAAGAGGAAGAACAAGAUGACCACUACAGCUGUUUUGAGAAGGUCUGUGUCGAAUCACCCAUUGUCGACAGCUUUGACCUUGAUUCUGAUGAUGAGAUUGAAGAAGAACCUGAAUCUGAGGAAGGUAGUCAGAAGGAAGAAGAGGAAGACGAAGACGAAGAAUACGGAUUUAUGAGAUUUCAUUGGGAUUUCGGUGCUAAUCCUGCGGACGAGGUGAAGCGGUACAAAGGAUACCUCUCAAUCAUUGAAUACUGUGAGUAUUAG